UAAGGGCAAAAAAAAAGAAAGAAAAAAUUACACACAAGUCUCCGCUGCGCGAGACAAAGUAUCGCGAUACCUCCGCUAGGCCAGGGGGAUGGUGUGAAGGCACAUCUGUGAUGAGGCAGCAUCUGAAUAAAAAUUGGCCUGAGCAGAGCAAACUGCAUCUUAGCUAAAACCUGGAUUCUCCAACUUCUUUAAAACUCCAGCUUCUUUAUAAACCACAGAGAUUGGGUGGUCCAACUGGACAAACGAAGCUAGGGCACAAGAAACAACCAGAGGGCAGUGUUUCAGAGAGGGGACUUGGACCAUGUUCAUGAAGAGAUAAAAAAUGGUCCGUAGUGGGAAGAAUGGUGGUCUCCAUCUGAAACAGAUUUCACAUUACAAACGAACAGGAGAGUAUCAUCCAACAACACUAUCGAGUGAAAGAAGUGGAAUAAGAAGAGCAGCCAAAAAAUUUGUUUUCAAAGAAAAUAAGUUAUUCUAUGUAGGAAAAGACAGAAAACAAAUGCGCUUGGUAAUUUUUUCAGAUGAGGAGAAGAAGAAAGUGCUAGAAAAAUAUCAUGCAAAUACUGCAGGCACUCAUCAUGGUAUAUCAAGGACUCUGACCUUAGUGGAAUCUAGUUACUACUGGACUUCUGUAACAAAUGAUGUCAAACAGUGGGUGUAUGCUUGUCAGCUUUGCCAGGUGGCAAAGAACACAGCUGUUACAUCACCCAUAUUGCACCCUAUCAAAGCAGAGGAGCCAUGGACAGCAGUUACUAUAGACCUAAUGGGACCUUUUGAUGCCACCAGCAGAAGCCAUGUGUAUGUCAUAAUCAUAACAGACUUGUUCACAAAAUGGCUUGUGGUUCUUCCACUGGCUGACAUCUCAGCAGCUGAAAUUGCUAAGGCAGUUGUCAGUGUGUUUUUCUUGUAUGGGCCACCUCAAAAAAUGGCUAUUGAUCAAGGAGAAGAGCUUGUUGAUCAGAUAAACAAAGAACUAUUUGCGCUCUUUGGAAUGAAACAAAUAGUAAUGUCGUACCCUCGGAUGGAGGACACAAAUGAAAGAACAUGCAAGAAAAUCAAAACCUUUCUUAACAAAUACUGCAUGGACCAUCCAAAUGACUGGGAUGAUCAUUUAUCUGCUAUUGCCUAUGCUUUUAACUUGACACAUUUGGAGCUAGCCCCAAACACGCCUUAUUUCCAGAUGUUUAAUCGGAAACCAUAUAUAUCAGAGAUUUCAAACAUACCACAGGAAGUUGAAGAGGAUAAUAAAUGUAUGUUUGCCAAAAUACUUGAAGCAGUUAAACAAACUAAUCAAAUAUUGGAGGAAAGGAAAGCUACAGAUUGCCAGACAGUGAAAAAUGCUCAGGAUGAACAGCAAAUGGGAAAUAAGUUCAUUAUUAAAAGGAAGCCAAAGCAAUUAAAUCCACUUCACCUCAAAGUUGGACAUGAAGUACUUAGACAAAAGAAGAACUGGUGGAAAGAUGGCCGUUUUCAAUCAGAGUGGGUUGGUCCCUGCAUUAUAGAUUAUAUCACAGAUAAUGGGUGUGCAAUACUACGUGAUAACACAGGGUCCAGGUUGAAAAGACCCAUCAAAAUGUCUCACCUUAAGCCAUAUAAAAGAGGAUCCAGUGAUCAAGAUGAGCAUUACUUUCUACAAGGUGCAAUAGUGGUUGACCAUGACUAUGUUGGCUUAUCUGAAAGAUCCUGUGGGCUGGUCUGCCAAGAUGCCAUCACCGAAGGGGAAGGAAACACCUUUACAACAAAUGAUGAGUUGCCUACACCUGACAAAGCCCUUGAACUGUCAACAUGUAAAAGUCCGCAAAAGUCACAAAAAAGUGAUCUUCCUGUAUUUAUGGAAGAUCACAACAUUCCACCAGCUAAUGUAAACUCAGAGCAGUGGCCUCCCACCUGUUGGACUCUUCAGACCAAAAUAGAGAAUACCUAAGUAAAUAAAACUCCAUGUUAUUCUUCUGUGGCAGAAAUGGUUCUAUGCUUCGGUGGUAGGCUGAAAAAACUUUGGAAGUUCUUCAUCCUUUGACUAAAUUAUAACUGUUAAAUACUUUCACUUAUUUACUACUGUAUGUGCUUUGGAAUAUUGUAGGACUAUGGGGUUUCAUUUUGUAUAUGAACUAAUGUGCCUUUGUUGUUCCACAAAGAACAUAGGGAGAGCACAGUAAAAGCACAUUUCAUCAGAUUCAA